AUGAUUGGAUUCAGUCAAGCAAACGAUUUAAUGGGAAUGUUUCCUCCAGUAAAUUUAAAAGAUCGUCCAAUGACAGAAUGGUCUGAUCAAUCAUCAUCAACAAAUGUUUUUUGUGAUGAAAUUGAUGAAAUAAUGAAACAUGAACAAGAACAAGAUGUUAUAUUAAUUGAUGAUCCAUUAUAUGUCACACCACUUGAUUUUGAUAUAGAUUCUAUAUCUGAUUUACUUGAAAAUCAUCCAUCAACAGGAAUAACAUCAAAUUUUACUCAACAAUUGGAUAUAAAUGAUCUUCCAACAACAUCUACAACAUUUACUAAUAGAAAUACAAAUACUAAUAAUAAUAAUAAUAAUAAUAUUAAUGCUCAAUCAAAUACACCAGCAACAUCAGGAUAUUCAUCGUCGGAUAUAAGUCCAAAAUUUAUAACAUUAAGUAUAAAUAAUAAUCAUUGCAAACAAUUUGUUCAAUCAAAUAAUUUAAAUCACCCAUCUUAUCUUCAACAACAACAACAACAACAACAACAAGAAAAUUCUAUUCUUGGCCGACCACAUCCAUUUGAAAUACAAAGUAAUACAAAUGGUCCAUCCGAUGUUAAACGUUUUCGAUCAGCUAGUAUGAAUGAUGGACCAACAUCACAACAAAAUAAAUUUGAUUCUCAUUUAUUCGAGCCAUGUCGUUUGAGAUCUGCGACUUAUGUCAAUCCUUCUACAUAUCAAAAUAAAGCAACACUUCCAACUGAUGUUUCAUCAAAUCCAAUAUGGUCCAUUGUGAAUUGUGUUCGACCAGUACCAAAUUCUUUUCCUGAAGUUGAAAAUCAAGAAGAACCAGUUCGUAGAAAUCGAAAUUUAUCAUCAUCAUUUAGUGUUCCAUCAACAAUACAUGAACGUAAUCAAACAAGAUUUCCAAAUGAAAUUAAUAUUCAAUCACAAACAUUAUAUUCAAUAAAUCAAUCAGCAAAGGAAGAAUCAACUUUUAAAAAUCGAAAACGUUUAUCUUUAGUUGAUUUUCCUGUUGAAGAAAUUAAAGAUGAUCCAAGUAGUCCAACUGGUACUGUUGAACAACAAAGUGAACCUGAUCUUUGGUCGGAUAUUGAACAAAAUUCUUCUGAUCAUAUGCAAGAUAAUGAUAUUACAUCAGAUGAUGAAACAACGGUAUCAACAAGUUUAAGACAAGCAUCCGAAAUGAAUUCAUCAUCAUCACUUUUUUGGCAAUAUAAUGUUCAAUCAAAAGGACCUAAAACAAAACGAAUACUUUAUUUAAAAGAACGUGAUCCACAUUUAUAUCGUGAAUUUAGUGAUCCUGUUUAUCAAAUAAAAUUAACACAAACAAAAGGACAAACAUUUAAUAAACUUCGAAAAGGUGAUGGAAAUGAUGUUACACCAAAUCCUAUGAAACUUUAUCAACUUGGUAAACAAAUUCGUGAUCUUUCAAAUAAUUCUUCAUCUGUUUAUCAUGGAAUAUAUCAUGUUGAUCAUCAUAUAAAUAGUAAUGAUACAAGUGAAGUUAAAAAACAAAAAAAUAAAAUUGCUAGCAGAGCAUGUCGACUUCGUAAAAAAGCACAACAUGAAGCAAAUAAACUUAAACUACAUGGCCUCAACGAAGAGCAUAAAUCGUUAAACGAUAUAAUUGCAGCAAUAAAAUUAGUUAUUCUUAAAAGAUAUCAUAAUGGUCAACUUAGUUCACCAUCAUCAUCUCCAACUCAAUCACUUGAAGCUAUACUUGAUCAAAUUAUUGCUAAAAAAUACGGUCAACCAGUAGCUGGUAAUACUGAUGGUUUUGUUCAAACAAUAAUAAAUGAUAUGGAACGUUUAUAUACUGUCAAAGAACAACGUAGUUAUAGUCUUAAUAUAUAA